AUGGCAGAAGAGUCCAAACAUAUAGUCCAAGAAGAAGGGUGGUACAGUGAUGCACCAAGGGGGGUGAAAGAAAUUUCUACUCCAAAAAUUGAAAGUCAACUUUCUGAGUUGACUAAGGUAGUAAUGAUGCUUGCAAAGGAAAAGGGCGUGCAACCACCAAUAGUUAGACCUUGUGGUAUUUGUACACAAGUUGGACAUCCGACCGACAUGUGCCCUCAACUUCAAGAGGAAGAUUAUGAAGAAGCAAAAGCCAUGGGAGAUUUUCUUGGAUCUAGUCAAAGGGGAUAUGAGCAGCCACGAGGUGAUCAAAGAUGGAACAACAAUCAAGGUUGGGGAGGAAAUCAACAAGGGAACUACCAACCAAGUCAACCACAUCAAUACCAACAAAGACUACCUUUUCCACCACAAAACUUUCAGCCAAGGCAACCACAACACCCUCCUCAACAAGCGGGUUCAUCAAGUAUGCCUUUAGAGGACAUAGUGAAAAGUUUGGCAACUAGUACACAAGUUUUCCAACAAGAGACAAAAGCAAGCAUAAAGAACUUAGAGAAACAAGUUUCACAGCUUGCUAUUUCUAUAAGCAAACUAGAAUCUCAAGGAAAGUUGCCUGCCCAAACUGAAACAAACGCAAGGCACAAUGUAUGUGCCAUCACAUUGAGAAGCGGGAAGGGUUAUGAUGGUCCAAAAUUGUCGAUUGAUCAAAAGGAAGAAGAAAUAGUAGUUGAAGAGACGACCAAAGAAGAGAAGGAGGAAAAGAAAACAAUUGAAAAGAAGCCCUUCAUCAGUAAUUCUAAAGCCACACCUGCUCCAUUUCCCGAAAGAUUAAAGAGCACGAAGAAAGAACGGGAGGAGAAUGAGAUCAUGCAAAUGUUCAAGAGAGUUCAAAUCAACAUUCCACUCCUCGAGGUCAUCAAGCAGGUACCUAGAUACGCAAGGUUCCUUAAGGAUCUUUGUGUAUCUAAAAAGAAAUUAAAAGGAAAUCAAGUCGUAACGGUUGGGGAUCAUGUAUUCGCGGUUUUGCAAAAGAGGAUGCCCCCGAAGUGCAAGGAUCCCGGAACAUUGAGCAAAACCGGUGUGAUCAUCCAACUUGCUGACCGGUCUUUGGUACACCCAAAGGGAGUAUUAGAGGACGUGUUAGUGCAAGUCGAUGAAUUUGUCUUCCUGACUGAUUUUUAUGUCUUAGAUAUAGGAGAUGAUGACUCUCCAAGUUCAAGUUCCAUACUUUUGGGUAGACCUUUUCUUAAAACUUCUAAAACAAAAAUCGAUGUCUACAAUGGAACUUUGAGUAUGGAAUUUGAUGGUGAAGUUAUCAACUUCAAUGUGCAUGAAGCAAAAAAGACUCCUUUUGAUGUUCAAUCUGUUAAUUUUGUCAAUUUGAUCAAUCCGUCAACAAAAAAGGGUUUGAACUUGUCUAACAAUGAAUUUAUAGAAUUAGUUUUGUCACGGAAACUAGACAGGGACAAAGCCAAAGAGCUUGCAAAGAAGUUUGAUAUGGAUAAUGAAGUGUUGGAGAUUUUAGAGUUUAUUGAUGACAAGAAGCAUGUGAGGAGUGAUGAUAUGUUAGAGAGGCCCACGUACCCAGACUGA